AUUAAUUUUUAAAUAGUAAAAACAUGAUGAGUUGGAAGCUCAGAAAGGAUCUGACGUGGUGCGCUUUGAGUGGAGAGUGAAGACUAGAAGAAAUUCAUGUGGGGAUUGUAUGGCUGGCAACUCGGUCGGUUGGUUUUCUGACACCUUAAACGUCCUCGCAAAUGUGAAUUAGAAAAUUGGAGUGAUUUUUGAGAGAAUUAAGCAUUGUUUAAGUGAAAAAUUGAACCGAAAGUGUAAAACUUGAAAAUGAUUUUGAUGACGAUGAUAGCAAGAAUAGGAGAUGGCUUGCCUCUCGCAGCCGCUAUGCAGGAUGAUGAACAGAGUGGAAGAAGUAUUUUGGAGUAUCAAAACCAAGCUAAAAUGUUGUUUAGAAAGCUUGGGCCACAGUCCCCUACUCGAUGUUCCAUAGAAACUGGACAGUACCUUUUCCAUUACCUAAUAGAAAACGAAGUUUGUUAUUUGGUACUCUGUGAACAAAACUACAGCAAACGUGUAGCCUACAGUUAUCUCGAAGAUAUAGCGCAAGAAUUCCAUGCUCAGUAUGGUAGACGAGUAAAUACUGUCACGAGACCAUACACAUUCAUUGAAUUUGACACUUACAUCCAAAAAGCAAAGAAAACCUUCUCAGACACUAGAUCGAGGAGGAAUAUGAACGCAUUGAAUAAUCAACUUCAAGAUGUACAAAGAAUAAUGGUUCAAAAUAUAGACGAUGUUUUACAAAGAGGAACUGUUCUCUCAGAAUUGGACACAAAAACGCAGAAUCUUUCGAUGCUUUCACAAAAAUACAGAAAGGAUGCAGCACAUUUAAACAGCAAGUCAAUGUACAUAAAAGCCGUCGCUGGAAUCGUGGCACUUCUCGUCUUCCUUUUAUACUUCUUCAUUCUUUAGUCAGUGACACGAACAGGCCAACUAUAUUAUAAAUGGAUAGCUAAUCGUUCAAAAGGGCAUAUUCUACACCGAAUUUCAAAAACCGCAGAAAUUUGAUUGAAAAAUGUUUAUUGGUAGCCUAUCAAGUCUUUAAUCCGCGGAGAUAUUUAAUAAUAGUGCAAAAAACAACAAACAAACACAAGAGGGCAUGAUUGUAUCUCAACUCGAGAAAAUUAUCUAUUUUUCAAAGUUAGCUCCGUUUUCAAUGUUUAUUAAUUAUUGUUUUUAAUUUAUAUAUGAGAAUCGACGCCUAAGAUUCGAACUUAUAAUUAGAUGAUUAUUAUUACUUCUAGAUAUCGAGUUUCUACAAAUAAAUAUAUCAAGGACGUGAAACACCGGAUGAUUAGAUAGAAUUUUAUCAGAAUUUGUCAAUGAAAGUCGCAAUCGUGCACUUUGUCAGCGCGAUUUCAAUUACAAGUUGAAUUUUUAAAGAUGCUUUUUACCCCAAUUUGUAAUUUAUGUAAAAGCAUCACCUAAAUGUUCAAAGAAAACUGAAAGUUUUUAUACCCUGGAAUGAAUGAUUCUUCUGUUUUUAAAAUUGUUUUUCAAUCAAGCCCAAGAUAAACUCUCAACUUAAAAAGUUCUUCUACUUGACCAACUUCAGUCUUCAGCGAUAAAUUAGUUACUUCGAAUUAAGCCAACAUUUACUGAUUACUAUGCGAUCAUGUGGGGAAAAAAAUUGUUAUUUAUUAUCAAGGUUUUAGGGGUUUUUCGUAAGAAUCACCUACGGGGGAAGGAACCAAUGAAAGACAUGUAUUAUAGCAAACUAUAUAUUAUGUAAUUAUUCAGUUUGUAUGAAAUUCGUAUUUGCAGUUUAUCCAACGAAGUAUUUAC